GUAAUACUUAAGCAUUUCCUAAAGACCGUCAUUUUUGUUUUUCUAACAUUCAUUACAAGGAAUAAAAUUUAUUAAUUAAGUUGUGAAUAUGUUUUUCAUAUCGAAAACUCAAGAUAUCUCGUACACAAACUAUCCCCAGAACUCGAAAUAUCUCUCUUUAAUGACAUGUUCGCCAACAUUCAAGACCUAACAAUCAAAUUUUAAGAUUGGAAUUGAACGCAGCAUGAAAGUUAAUUUCUUAGAGUGAGGAACUUCACAAUCGCAUUUCUUAGUAAAAAAUUGAAUAUUAUAGUUGAUUACAGUGAUGUUAUACGUAGAAUACCAUUAUUGAUCAUAUUAUAGGAAUAAUAUAAUUUUAAGGGUUAUAUUUUUAAAAUAUGGCAGAUCGUUUAACACAGUUGCAAGAUACUAUAAACCAGGCAGAACAUUUUUGUAACAGCGUAGGUAUUUUACAACAAUAUUCAACACCUAGUAAAUUUCCUGGUUUUGAUCGUGUUGGAACACCUCAACCGCAUCAACCUCAAGAAGAUUAUGCAGCCUUGUUUGCAACGCUUAUAGCAAGAUGUGCAAAAGAUAUUGAUACCUUGAUAGAAAGUUUACCGAGUGAAGAGUCAUCACAAGAACUACAAGUUGCAAGUCUUAGCCGUCUUGAACAAGAAAACCAAGAAGCUGGCGAACAACUAGAGGAAGUUGUAAAACAAGGAGAAGCACUUUUGCAAAGGAUUCAAGCUGCUUUGCAAGAUAUUGCUCAAAGUCAGUUAGAUAUGCAGGAUCCAGCAUCUACGUCUAUAAUUAAUAUUAAUCUUAACACUAACUCAACUUUUAAGCAAGAAAAUGUAAGCUCUGUAAAUACUGUAUCUUCAAAUAGCGCACAUCAAUUGUCAGAUCCUUCACCUAAUUCUGUAAAUCAAUGAUAUAUUUGUACUAUAAUUUGAUUUUUUGAUAAAUUUAUAAAGGAAAUAAAUUUUUCUAAUAGUGUAAACAUUGUCAAAAUAUUAAAAUUAUUAAAUAAAUCUUAAAAACUGUUUUAUAUUUAUAAAUAGCAAGAAAUUAGUUAUAUGAAAUGUCACGUCCCGCGCCCCGCGCGAUCCGUAGCGCGAAAGUAAAAUUGGUAAUUUCUUUCAAAUCAAGGUAAUUUAAAACAUUUAUUUGAAACCGUGUUUACAGUAUUUGAAGUGAAAGGCAGUUAAAGCCGUUAAAAGCUAUAUCUUGCGGAAACUAAUCUAUGUUUUUAUAUUUACCUAAUUAUGUUUUUAUAACGAUAUUAAGACAAUUUAAAUUGUAAACAAAGUUGGCAGUUGAACAAACGUUGGGGAUCUUCCCAAACAUUUUCAAAAGAAAGACCCCGACGUUUUUUCAUCACCGACAGAUAUAAAUAAAUGUAGCGACUCAGACAAGUCAGUAUAUUAAUUACCCUUCGUCUAUUGAAUACAAAUAAUUACCGUUCGUCAACCGAAUGAUUAGUAAUAAAUAUAAUUACGAAGAGUUAGUUAUCAUUUUGUCUGUCGAAGAGUUAGUAAUCAUUACAUAUUGUUAAUUUACUUUCGAACAACUUUAAUCCUCUCCCGUGCCAGUAUUCCCGCACAUAGCACGUUAGCCGAAAGUGGAGCUUAUUGCUAGUUGCAUUAAACGUCAGUUAACGCUACCAGACGCGGCAACUAAAUAGAACGUAACAUGAAAAUAUAUUUAAUAAUUUAUUUUAACAUGAUAUAUAUCUAUAGUUACAUUAAAUAUAAAAGAUAAAAUGAUAAUAAUUUUUAUAUUUAUACUAUUUCUUAAAAAGAUCUAUGAAUGUUUCUCGUGGUAUAGAUAUUUUUCCAAUCAUCUUCAUUUUCUU